GUAUCCACCCUGUGUACGCUCACCGUGAUUGACACUUUUUCGGGUUGCUUUGUGCGUGGAUAUCGGGUGGCUCACUGCUGCAAACAGCUCUGAAAAGGAGAGAAAGCCACUUCUACAUUAACAGAUCAGCUCCCAGACCAAUGCAUGCUUAUAAAAAGUGCCAAACAGCCACCUAACGACAAAGCACAUGCAUGCUUUGAGCUAGCAAGUGCUAGCUAGGUGCCGUUAGUUGAUCAACGGUCAGGUAAUGGCUACGCAGAGACCAGCCUUGACUCUCUCCCACGCAGACUCUUGACAUGGGGAGUAAAAUGUCCUUCAGCACAGGAAGCAGUGACCAAAAUACAGCCUCUGAGUUAACUUCUGUGGCAUCGCAUCCUUGCAAUUCCGUUCAUGCCCCUUUGGACCGCAAGCAGAUACCUGAAGACAGGAGAUGCAGUGAAGAAGACCUGGACUCCAGUUGGGGAGAGGAAAUGAAAGCAACAGAACCGACUGAACCUGCACCUGAAUCCCACUCAUCGGGGCACGUGGAGUCCCAUGGCCGUGUUAACUCUGAAACAGUAGGCGGAACAAAUUGUCAACCCAGUGGGCACAAAUCCUCUCAGGCAGGGAUGGAAGCAAAAUGUCAAAUGACCUCUGCAAGCGUGUGCAGCUCUACAACAGACAGCCAUGGACAGCCUGUGGCGGUCCGCAGGAGACCCGGGCGCCCACGUAAAAGAAAACACUUGUUGACUAAAGACAAAAAAGACCCAGAUUCUGCUGGUUUUGAUGCAGUUCAACAUAAGGAGAUCAGCACGACAAUACCUUUGCCAACAUGCUUAGAGAACCACAACCGAGAUGAUGUGCCUAACACUGUAGACGUUCCAUUAAUCAAUAAUACACCCCAUAAUGAGAAGUCUGGUCCUCAUACUGUCUCUGAUGGUAAAGUAGGAGACAGUGUCCCUGUGCUGCCAAAAAGAAAAAGAGGAAGGCCAAAUAAAGCACAAAUUGCAGCUUUUAAAGCUAUGGUUGCUGAGGCUGCUGCUGCCAGAGCUCCUGCUGCCUCUGCUAAUGCUAAUAAUGUCAGCGGUCCUGCACGGAGACUAAGGAGUAGAGGUGAACGCCCUUCAACACCAGAUGGAAAGCCUGACUCUGAUAGCAAGGUCCACCCCAAGCAGACUGAAGUGACUCCUACAGAAAGCAGUAAUACAUUAAACUUUCAAGGUAUUAAAAGAAGAAGCGCUAAACUGGCUUAUCAGCAAGUUCCUGCUAAAGUGUCCCGACUUGAUGUUUCCCAGGAUGCCUCAUCACUAUUAAGCAACGACGCAGGCUGCGGGGAGAGAGCAGAGACCGAUAAACAGAUGGAAUUUAACGCUGACAAACAAGAGACUGAUUCAGAUGGAAAGAGCUCUCAACUCUCCCCGCAGUCUCAAGAAGGACACGUUAAUACUUCGGAGGGUUUGAACAGUCUAAACUUGGUAAUUCCUACAGAGUGUUAUAACCCCGAAAUAAAACAGUCAGCUGACACGAAUGGCAGCGGGGAGUCGCAAUCAAAAGGCAGUCUUGAAUCCCCAAAGAAUGCAAACCUGCAGAAUACGGAGCCCUCUAGCACAGAUGUCAUAACCUUCUCUGAACUGUCACCUAAGCCUGUUGGGUUCCCCCCUGCUGUGAAAGCUGAGAAUAUUGAGAUGGAGCUGGAUCAUUUAAAUCCUGGGUCAGAGUCAACUAGUCCUACUUCACAAAGCAAUGCCAACACUUCAGUUAAAGCUGGGGCUUCAAACAGUCAGCGAAGUACUUUCAGGCGCAAGAAAGGGGGCAAGAGAAGGAGGAGGAAAGGUAAUGUUUUGUUACAGAGAGAGCAACUUGAAGGCAGCAAUGACAUUGAACAAAACACAGACUGCGGUGACGGGGAUAGGGAGGCCUGCUCAAAUUUCAGCUACACUAAAAAAGGGGGGAAAACUCUGUUGCAGUGUGGUUAUUGUAGUCAAACCUUUAAAUUUCUCUCUCAGUUCAUCAUCCAUCAACGCGUUCAUACGGGAGAACGACCUUUCAAAUGCCCUGAAUGUGGCAGAGGUUUUAGCAAAAAUUCCAACUUAAAUCUUCAUCUCAAGACGCACAAAAAGGGCAACAUAUAUAAAAAAUGUCCAUAUUGCAAGAUCAAAUUCUCUUGCUCGGAAUAUGCCUCUCAUAUGAAGAUACACGCACACGUGCUGGACCAGGACUCUGAGAACAGCAAAUCGGAAAAACACAGUAGAGGGAGCGACCAUGAGAACAGUCAGGACCUUCGUAGACCAGUUUCCCCAGUAAAGAGAGAAAGAAAAGUGUGCCAGUACUGUGGUAAAACAUUCCCGUUUCAGUCUGCCCUCAUAAGACACGUGCGUGUCCACACUGGAGAGAAGCCCUAUAAGUGUGAUAUAUGUGGCAAAGCUUUCGGUCAGGCCUAUUUCCUCCGUGUUCACGAGCUAACCCACUGGUCGGUAAAGCGCUACAACUGCACACGCUGUGACAAAUCAUUCACUCAUUAUAGCAAUGCAAAAAAUCACAGUUGUAGACCUUCGGGAACCGGUGACGAUUUACAACCCAACCGACGUGUAAAGCCUUCACUAACGUACACGUGCCACAUCUGCAAGAAUGUUUUUGACCAUCUGCAGGAGUUCAACAGCCACAUGAGAGCCCACACCGGCGCAAAGCUGUAUCGCUGCUUGUAUUGUGACAAGCUGUUUGGUGUGCUGUCUGAGUUUAGCACCCAUCGCAGUCAGUGCAGCGGAGAGGAUAAGGCCUCCGGCUCUGCAAUAAAAGAGGAAGAGACCAUGUCGUUAAUACAGUACACAGUGCCUGCACUUAGGUGUUCAUCUGGACACAAUCCAGCUUCUCCUCUCACAGGAGCAAAUUGCGAAACGCAGAAAAAACCAUCACAGACCAGCCACAAGAAACGCUUCGCUAACUUAAAGAAACCGUUCCAGUCAACAGUCAUACCGGCUCACCAUCUCUCACACAUUGUGUCAAAGUUAAACAAACUAGAUAACCGCUCAGACCCCAGGAAAUAUUUAUGUCCAAGCUGUGGCCGACUGUUCAGACACAUGGGCAGACUCCGAGCCCACAUGCUCACCCAUGCCCCGGGUCAAAGUUACACCUGUGGCUGUUGCGGCAAGACUCUAGAAAACUGGAAAAAACUGUGGCACCAUCAGAGAACCCACCGACAGAGACGCGGCCGCUUCACUUGCCCUCAGUGCGGGCAAGGUUUUCGGUUCGUGGAGCCGUAUAAAAAACACAUGAACGAGCACCCAGAGUUCCAGUGGAUUCAGGUCAGGCCCAAAAAAGUGUUUCUGCCUUAUAAAUGUGAGCAGUGCAGGUGCAGCUUUCAGACUCUAGAUUUGCUGUUCAGUCACCAGCUUUGCCAUUCCUCAACGCACAAGGACUCAGAUUUCGAUAUAUCUACGGAUGAUCAUGCUACACAGUCAAACAAGAAAAUGUUUAGCCCUCCCACGAACAACCACAUAGCGGAAUUAUGUACAGAUCCAGAGGAAGACCUCUCUCCUCUGGGCCCCUUAUCCACAUGUCCAGACCCAGUAACUCCAGAGUCGCCUCUAACACCCAUGUUUUCCUUUGUCCAGAGUAAGGGGCUUGAUUUGGGUAAAACUUCCCAGCAUCCCAGCAGCACACAUUUGAUCCAAGAUAGAGAAACCAGUCAAGACAGAAUAGAUGAAAAUGCACCUGGAAAACCUUUUACUCCUUUGAGAACUGUGAAAAGACAAGUGAGUGCCAGAAUGUCAAAUGAAGGGUCUGCAAAUGGUGUUAAGUGUGCUGUGUGUGGUGAUGCAUAUGCUGCCAUUUCAGACCUUUAUCAUCAUUAUUUGCAGCAUGCUAGAGGCCAGUUGUAAUAACCUAAACGGAGGUUCGUUGCCAAUUCAGGGGGGUCAGGUAGUCCUAGAUUAUAAAAUGUAGAUACAUUGUCAGUUACACACCUGGUAAAGUUAUGGGAAAUGAAAUGCAUCAAAAAGGAUUUGGAAGAUUUGUUUAUAAUCAUGUAGUAAGCCUGUCAUGCCUGAAAUAUACACACUAAAUGUACAAAAUAAAAGGGACACUUUCUGUUUUCAUGUAGUGCAUCAGGAAUCUUCAGGUAGAAGUCACUAGGCUAGUGACUAGCCUUUCUUUAGUUUCUCGAAUUACAUUUCUGUCCCAUCAAAAAGAACCGAAGAGAUGCCGACAAAUGAGAACAUGUCAGAAAGACGCCAGAAGCAGCCCUGGGAUUUCAGCAAAAUAAGCAUUUGAAAACAGAACUCGUACUCAAUGUAAAUGGAUGAUUAUGGAAAACAUUCAUUUCCAUUCAUAACCACUGAAACAUUUUAACCCCUUCCUUAUUGUUGUUGCCCUGCAACCUCCUGGUAUCUUUAAUUCAUAACUUGGAAAAGUUCCCUGCACUGAUCAGAGGGGUAAACGUCACACUGAAGUCAUUUCUGAACUCCUUAUUGCUAUGGAAAUUUUGUUUGGCAGACCUGACUAAGAACUUCUUUCAUUUUUUAUUUUCUAAGACAUCGUCAAUUAAUAGAACCACCACUUAUUGAAUAGAAGCUGUAUAGUUUUACAAAUUUCAAACCGCUCAUCACAUGCAUUCACUUUGUGACCACUGUGAAUUUAAUAUCAAACGUGCACAUUUUAAAUCACGCAGCUCGCUUUUGACUUCUACAAGUGAAAGUGUUACUCAAAUUGUUUAAGUGAUGUUUAUGGAUUAAAAAAAAAAAAAGUUAUGUUCUGGUCUCCACCAUGACAUGUAUCAGCAUUUUGUAUUUUCAUUGAAAGUGAAUAUCAGCUUUACUCAUGCACAUGUUUGUUAAAUAAUUUGUUCUAUUGUGGACUUGUAACAUGAUGGCUGAAAUCAAGAGAUGCUACAUUUUCUAGAAAAUACACUAACAAACGCACAUUCCACACCUGAAACCAUGUGCGACGGGAGUGCUGUGGAUCAUUCAUUACUUUUUACUGCCUUUGAAAAACUACAUUACGUGCUUCAGUGUCAGGCUUGAGUUUUGUUUGAAUCAUGAAAAGCACAUUACAAAAGAUGUUUCCCGGAUGGACACUCUGCUUUGUUGAAUAUUAUUUAAUGCCAUAGUUGGUCCUAAAACCAAUAAAGGUCAUUUUUGUAUUGA